AUGGCAGAGGUACGACGUCGAAAAACCGAGAACGAUGUCAGUGAUGAUGCUGGAGAAAAAGCACGAAAAGGGGACAAUCGAAACUCCGCAGCGGACUCAUCUGAUCAUGUCGACUCAGAGGAAGAAAAGUUACCAGAAGAGAAAUUCGUUGAUGAGUUGUCAAAAAGUUUACCACAAGGAACGGAUAAAACACCUGAAAUUUUAGAUUCAGCAUUGAAAGAUCUACCGGAUAGAUGGAAGAAUUACGUUAUUCGCGGAAUCUUUACAUGGAUUAUGAUUUGCGGUUUCGCCCUUAUAAUAUAUGGCGGUCCAUUGGCGCUUAUGAUAACGACUUUGUUGGUACAAGUAAAAUGUUUCCAAGAAAUCAUAUCCAUUGGUUAUCAAGUUUAUCGCAUACACGGUCUACCAUGGUUCCGUAGCUUGUCUUGGUACUUCCUGCUAACAUCUAACUACUUCUUCUAUGGUGAAAAUUUGGUCGACUAUUUUGGUGUGGUUAUUAAUCGUGUGGAAUACUUGAAAUUUUUGGUAACCUAUCAUCGCUUCCUGUCAUUCGCGUUAUACUGCAUUGGGUUUGUCUGGUUUGUUUUGUCGCUGGUGAAGAAGUAUUAUAUGAAGCAAUUUAGUCUAUUUGCCUGGACACACGUCUCACUCUUGAUAGUGGUCACGCAGAGCUAUUUGAUCAUUCAAAACAUAUUUGAAGCUCUCAUUUGGUUCAUUGUUCCCGUCUCGAUGAUAGUUUGCAACGAUGUAAUGGCCUAUAUGUUUGGCUUCUUCUUUGGUCGUACUCCGCUAAUUAAAUUAAGUCCGAAAAAGACCUGGGAGGGCUUUAUUGGUGGUGGCUUUGCUACGGUCAUUUUUGGCAUCAUCUUCUCUUACAUUCUCUGCAAUUAUCAAUAUUUUGUAUGUCCCAUUCUAUAUUCAGAAGAAGUGGGACGUAUGACUAUGGCUUGUGAACCAAGCUAUUUGUUUACGAAACAAGAAUACAGUCUAGGUGUGUUUGGUAUCGGCAGGACAAUUAAUAUGUAUCCUUUUGUAUGGCACUCAAUUGCAUUAAGUUUGUUCAGCUCGAUUAUUGGACCUUUUGGAGGAUUCUUCGCUUCUGGUUUCAAGCGUGCAUUUAAAAUUAAAGACUUUGGCGAUAUGAUUCCCGGUCAUGGUGGAAUUAUGGAUCGUUUCGAUUGUCAAUUCUUAAUGGCAACUUUUGUAAACGUUUACAUAUCCAGUUUUAUCAGAACACCUGCACCAUCAAAGAUAUUAACACAGAUUUACAAUUUAAAACCCGAACAACAACUUCAAAUUUACCAAUCACUCAAAGAUAGUCUCGGCGACUUGAUUUCCAACUAGAGAUUUUGUGAAAACUAUUAAUUUUAAGCUUAUAUUACUACUGACAAAACAAACAAUUUUUUUUUUCAAGUCAUUUAUGUACUUGCUUAUUUGUUUAGACAUGUUCAAUUCGUUAUUAAUUUAAGAGGUUUCAUCUUAGUUGAUAGCAAAGUGAAGAAAAAAACUUUAACAAAACAGCGAUCUCCUCUAUUAAUGCUGACUUUGUAUAAGUGUAUGUAUGAACAAAAAAACACAUUGACAAGUUGUUUAAUGGGAGCCUCUUCAAGAGGAUAUGUUGAAUUUAAGGGAAAUAAUUUAUGAUCGCUUGAAAGAGCAACUAUAUUUAGCUUCCUUUAGUCUAAUAACAAUUUAAAUAUAAAUUGGUUCAUAUUCGUGAAUUGGCAAUUAUGCGCUAACACAAAAGAAUACUAUAUUAAAAACUCAAAGGGUGAUAUCGCUUUUUCGCCAUUUCACAACGAUUAACCAUUUGCAGUUAUUAUACAUGUAAGUUUGUAUAUUUUUUUAAUUCAUGUCUUCUCUAUUACUGAACGAGUCAAAAAAAUGGAGAAAAAAUCUUUGUUUAUUGUGAGGGUAUGUAGCAAGGGGAAAAACACUAAAUAAUAUUGAAAAAACAUUUCGAAACACUUAAAUGACUACAAAAAAUUCAAUUUAAAUAUAUAAAUUAAUGUUUUUGCAUAUAACAAUUGAAGUUUGGUUUAGUUAGAAAAAAUAAGAGUUUCAUCGUAUUAUGUAUAUAUAUAUUUUUUAUUUUACUUUAUUUUAUUACUUCUAUUAAGUUUGUGUUGUGGAAUUUCUCAAAUUAAUUUUAAAAUCAAACAGUCAAGCUUAAAAACUAGAAUUCUACUUUUUUUUUGAUUAGGAGAUCACAAAAGUCGAUGUCAACUCUGCUGAUUCUGUAAAACAUUACCAAUUGACGUAAAUAUUUAGCAACUUAAUGGAAAUGUGAGUCAGAAAAUGUAUGGUAAGGAUGGAAUGAAAACUAUGAUGGUUAGCAAAGUUUAAUAAAUAUGCUCAUAACAACUAGUUACAUAGAAUUGGCUACGAACGUAAUAUUUGAAUAAUGUGAAGUGAAAAUACUAGAAAAGUAAUAAAAUAUUUAAUACCAAAAUUUGUCACAAAUAUGUGUAUAAAUACAUAAUGAUAUAUAUUUACUAUUGAGUUACGAUAUGAAUCUAGUGCAAUACUUAAACUAAAUCACUUUUUCCUGGUAAUGGUAGGAAAUGAAGCAAUUAAAGCGACGAAAUUAAUUUAAGUUUUUUUUACUUCAAAAUUUUUAAUGUUAAUUUAUGCAGCAGUGUUUAGAGUAAAUAUUCGUAUUAUUAAAUCAAUUGUUAUUAUAUUAAUUAUAUUUAAAGAGACAUCAAGACAAAUACACAUACAUUCAAAAUGCAUAUUAUUAAUGAAAUUUAAAUGUUAUUAUGCAGAGUACAUUAAACAUUUAUAAAUAUAUGAAUGUAUUAUAGUCGUGUUAAAUGAAUAAAAUUAAAUGAAAACAUCAGCUACUAUUGAAAUAGAAAUUUUAAAAUUAUAUUUUGGAAGCAAUGUUGUAUAUGUAGUAGGUUCCUCUGAUGCGUGUAUGUGCAAAAUAAUUAAUUUUAAAUAAUUGAAAGACGACGGAUAUUUGUAAAGGUGAGUUUUGUUUUUGUGUUGUUAAGGCGUAAUGAAUCAACAUAAAUCAAUCCUACUGGAUUGUGCAGGAAGCCAGAUAAGCGCGGUCAGAGAUAACUCAUUAAAUGUGUUUUUUGAAUGCUUGACUUUUGCAAUGUUGUCAUCUUGGUUUUUUGGUACGUUCAAAGAAGCGGCCAAGCUCAGGCUGCAUUAGGAAAUCGUUUGGCAUUUAUUAAAUAUAAUAUAUAGUAUGUUUUUAUGUAGUAUGUAUUUGAGAGCAGAAGUUAUAAUUACUUCAUAUAUAAAAUAUUGAAUACCUGAGUAUUGUGAAAUAAAUGUGUAACUCAAAAUAAAAGGAAAA